UCUCCUUAUAACUCUCUCUUUUCCCAUAAAUAUUACUCAAUUCUUCUCCUCUCUCUUUCACCAAAAAAAAAAUGAAGAAAAUCUCCAUUACUCUCUUAGCUCUAUUGCUCAUCAUAACAUUCAAUUCCACCAUUGCUACAAGACACAUUCACCCGAAUAAACACGGGGUUGGAAAAACAAAGAAAGGCAGUGGCGAAGUCAGAAAUAAUAACGGUGGCGAUGUGGGUUUUGGUGGGAUAUUUGGGCCUGGUGGAGGGUUUAAUAUUCCUGGGCUUGGUGGUGGAGUAUUUGGUGGUGGAUUUGGAGGCCCAAAAGGUGGAUAUGGAAAAGGUGGAGUCAUAAGGUCUAGUGUUGUGUGUAAAGUAAAAGGCCCAUGUUUUGGUAUGAAAUUAAUAUGUCCAGCAAAAUGUUAUAAAUCAUAUUCUAGUGCUGGAAAAGGUUAUGGUUUUGGUGGUGGAUCUGGUGGAUGUACUAUGGAUUGCAAGAAGAAAUGUCUUGCUUAUUGUUAACCCCACCCCACCCAAAAAAAAAAUAAAAUAUACCUAAGUAAGUUAUUUGUUAUAUUUAUAUUACUUAUAAUAUGUGUUGUUUGGUUGUAUUUGUUUUGUCAUGUGGAACAAUAUAUUAUGUUAGCUAAGUUCUACAUUUUUAUGAUACAAGUAAUAGAAUUCAUGGUGAAAAAUUCAUGUUUGGGAUUGAGAUGUUACUUUGAUUUA